AUGCCUUCCUUCGACCAGGCUUCGAGCACAGUUGGCGAAUACAUGAGCGAGGAGCGGGCCAGAUACAUACAGUCUCAUCCUGAUGACAGCGCAUUUGAGCCACAAAGCUCCCCCACGCACACUGGAGGCCCCUUAAAGUCCGGAAGCAACUCGAAACCGAUCGGACGUCGCCGUCGCCCUGACUUGUACCGGCCUGUCGAUUCGUAUCGCGCCGACAGCUCCUACCGCCCCGUUGACACUUACCGUCCGGAUGAGGGCCGUCGUCCCGAGAUCUCGGAUCAUUAUGAUGGGCCGCGUCGUAAUGAACAUCCAGAUUGCCGGGAUGGACACCGCUCUACAUAUGGUGCUGAGGAUUCACGCCACUACGAGCCUUCGGAUCGCCGGCAUAGUUCGAGCCGUCGCGAGACGUCUGCAUACCUCAGCGCAUCACACCAUGCCGGCGGCUCGAUCCAACCCGAUAGACCCGCGCGUCGUGACCCGAUCAACCCCAGAGAGGUCAGCAAGAAAAUAACCGCACGCAAAAAGGAGACAACGAUCUGCUCCUUACCAAAGAGAAAGUGCUCGGAUGGCAGAUUGUCGCCAUGGGAUAACAUCCAACCGCCGCCAAAGAAGCCGCGCCAGCAAGACCCCUGGGCGAGCGGCCUGCCUUGGGACGAUAUCGAUAUGUCACCAAAGAGGCAUCAGAGAGAAUCCGCAGGCACUUCGACCGCCAAGCAGGUUAGCAAUUUCGAUCACAGGCCUGCCCCAAGCUCCACCCCAAAUGAAGUUGCAUUAAGCGAGAACGAAGCCAUGGUACCAGAUGAAGUGGUGGAUGUCGAAAGCCGGGCCCGACUAGAGGCGAACGCUUUUCUGGAGGCGUUUGCCAUAGAGUUGGCCGAGCGCUUGGAGUUGGACGGCUCAGCCAACUCAAAGAAUGAAGGCGUCAGCGCGUGCGCUCUUUCUCAUCUCGCAUCCUCUGCCUCCUGCGCUGACUGUUAUCACCCUUUGGAAGGUUCAGCACCCAGUGGCAACGAGGAUGCGACCAUGGUCGACGUCCUUGAUGAGGGUGGCGAGUUGGCUCGCAACAUAAGCCCUGAGAAGAACGAGGACUCAUCUGAGCCUCUGAAGCCACUCCAGAGAGAACCACCGUACGAUCCUAGCGUCGUGGGUCUCUUCCAGGACAAGAUGGCUUGCGUAUACAUCAGCACGACCCGGAGAAGAACUGCUGUGGAGAUGUACGAAGAGGCUGGAGAAGAUCGCACAACCACCAAUGAGAUGCCACAUCUUUGA